AUGACUGAGACCCAGUCUCAAACUACGACAAGGGCAGCCUCCUCCCGGAAGCGCUCCAGGGCCGUAUCGAACCUCACAGAGGAGCAGAUUCAGCACAAACGCAACGUCGAUCGUAGGGCACAGCGCGCCUUUCGUCAACGAAACAAGGAAUGCAUAACAAAUCUCGAGGUUCAAUUCUCUCAGCUACAGGGGACGUGUGCGGAGCUACGUGAAAGCUGCAGCCAGAAAGACGCUCAGAUUGACUCCAUGCGUGACGAGAACCAAUCCUUGAUAACUUGCCUGGAGGCCAUCUCGGAGCUUGUGACGAAAGCCCUAAGGCAGGCCGGAAAGGCUCAUGACCAAGACGUGCAUGACCAAGAUAUGUCGCGGGACGAGAGUCAGGCCGGGGGCCACCAGACCGCUACGGGGACCCCUUCUCGCCAGGAAGAACCCGAUGUCGACUCCUUGUCUGCAGGUCAUCAAGAGCCCAUGCAUAUUCAACAUGAUGCAGAUGCCGGAAGAUCCAACUCAGAGGAGCCCUUUGACGACCAGCUGGUGCAGAGCCACAGCUCACCGACACCCACGAAUCAUGCAACCUCAGUACAUGACCAAGCCUAUAACAUUACGGAUACUAUGGUUAAUGAAGAUGCCAUUUGUCAUGUUUCCCCGGCAGCAAACGUGGGCUUCCUGUCACCCCCUGGAAGCCACCAAGCCCCAGACUCCCACAUUCCCUACAGCGCCCAAUCGCAGUCAGGAACGGAAGCAUCCCACGUGGUCCAACACGAAACAACGGAUGACUACUCAGGCUUUGGCGGUUCGAUAGCCAAUGUCGGUCAUUACACUCCGCCCAACGCCGUAUUCGGGAUUCUACCUGCCCAUGUUUCAUCUACAUGCCCAUUGGACCUGAUACUUCUUGAAUUUCUCAAGUCAAGAAGGGAAAUGUUGUCACACGGUCUGGACCUGGACACAAUUGUUGGCCCUCCAAAACCUUCGGCACGUGCUCUUAUCAACCCUGAACAGGUUGAUUCGGUGCACCCCUUGAGCGGCAUCAUGUCUAGAGUGUUGUCAACUUUCCCUGCAGUGCAACUGGCAGAGAAGUUGUCAUUCUUUUAUCUAAUGUGCAACACGAUGAGGUGGCAAAUUCAUCCGACUAAACAGCAAUACAAUGACAUGCCUUCGUGGCUGAGACCGACAGUUACACAGAUAGCCGUGCCACAUGCUGCCUGGAUCGACAAUAUUCCAUGGUAA